UAUGAAGACAUUUUUGUGGUUAUCACUUGUGGUUGAGAUUUUCCAAAUCUCCUUUACUGAGGCCAUCGAUCGAUGCCAUUCAGUGGAAUACUCUGUUUCUGGAAUGUUCCUCAAGGGCCACACGUUUAAAACGGCAAAGGUUGGGUUGCCAGAGGAAUGCUAUUUUAAAUGUCACGAUGAAUUCACCUGUCAGAGCUACAAUUAUUUUAUUAGUGAGAAAGUUUGCGAACUUAAUAACCGAACAAGAGAAGCAAGACCAGAGGAUUUUCUUCCAGACCGGAGUCGAUUCUACAUUAAACGUCUGAGUGACCGAGUUCCUCUUGGAUCUAGUCAAGAGCUUCCGGCUGAGUCGUGCAGUGAGAUCAAAGCCAGUGAAGGAAAGGAUAUGGCUGAUGGAGAUUUCUGGAUAUACUCAGAUGGAACUGAUCACGUGAUCAAAGCUCGCUGUAAAGGAAACUGGCAGAAGAUGAAUACAGAUCCAGUGUGCUUUGGAGCACGAGACAACCAACAUGGUACAUUUCACGUCCCAAAGAGUGGCCAGAUUAAAGCAAUGAAGCUGAUCCACAGAUCGGGUUCCAUACGCUGUAACCGAGUUGACGAGCCAUCUUACUGGGGCUGCAGAUAUUCACUCUACGGCAACAAUUACUUUAUGACAAUUAUUACAAAUGGAAAUAAAAAAUCAUUAUUUCCACCUUUGGAAAAUUUGAUGGCCUUUAAAUCUGGAAGCAAUCACCAGUGUGGCAGCAAAAAACACUUUUACAAUCCGUUCGGAGUUGGUCAUAAAUCGAAGGAGCUUGAAUUUAGUCACCUAGUUGAUCCCUUAUCUGUUUCACGCAAGGAAGAGCUCCAAAUAUGGUAUGGACAGGAUUGGAUGGAUUGUUCAGAGGGCGAAAAUACAGGCCAAACUUGUAUUGAUGUGUUCGCCUGGUAUGUGUGAGCCUCGUCUGACCCAGAUCUUCUAUGGCCAAGCAGUACAACAUGUCAAUCACACAAUUAGGAUCUAGGCACAUGAUAUAGGUGAACCCGUACUAUUCUUUGGCUUUUCCAACACAUUUAAUUUUGUUAUAAUAAAUGGUUAACUGGAUGGAGGCUUACAGUUUUUAAAGGAAAAAUAUCAAUGAAAUGAGUGAAAUAUUUUGCUGCGAUGUAGAGUAAAUAAUGGCCGUUCAAUUUUUCUUUCACGCCCAUCCUACGAGCUAAUUAGCUCACAUUUCUCUUUUUGUGCAAAUGAAUGUAACGGUGCACCCUGAUAUUAGUUUCACGAAUAUCCGUUCGGUGAAUGGACUAUGAUCGAAGGGCAAUAAGAUUUGUUCUUCCAUGGUUGAGACAUCACACAACAUGAGCUUUGUUUUCGUUUAAAGUUGGAUAUGUUCAAGCCAAAACUAUAACUGAACGUUUGAGCGAGAUCUACAGAGCACUUAGGACCUGUUCCUCGGUAAACAGUCUCUCACACGCCUCUCAGAAGAGCAUUUGAUGCUUUCUUGUUUGUUUGUUUUCUUGCUUUACUUGUUUCAGUUGUAUAUACUGAGCAUUAGAACAAGUAGAAUCGGACCCUGAACUUAAUUUCUAAUUAUGGCAUCUUAAUUUAGAGCUUAGAUGUACAUAAAGGUUUUUCUACAUAGUGUUCUUUUUCA